AUGUCGCUGUUUUCGAAAUUCACAAAGAACGCACCACCCGAGCGAUCGGCAGCUUAUCCUUGGACACAACGCAAGCUUGGAGGUAGUCAAUCAAGCGUGUUGCCACGAUACGGUCAUGCUGCAGCAGCGGCAGGGUCAGCAGAUGCUAUGGUACUUUUUGGCGGCACCCACAUGAAAUCUAAAAAGGAUCUGUUCCUGAUCGACACCAACAAUAUGACAGCAACAGCGAUAAAUGCAACAGGUGAUAUACCAAGUCCUAGGAUGAACCCUGUGCUGGCUCCUCUUGGAAAUGCUUGCGUUUUACUCUAUGGUGGUGAACCAGCUUCUCCUGAUGAAAAGUGGGAUCCAAACUUUUAUACCCUAAACUUAGUAACACGCAUGUGGGGUCGUGUCCAAACUAAGGAUGGUCGUCUUCCAGUGGAGCGAUCAGGUCAUUCAGUGGCUCUCGAUGGUAAUAACGAUAUCGUGUAUUUCUGGGGUGGACAACGCGCAGGCCGUUAUCUUAAUGAUCUUUUUGCAUUUAACGCAAGCACACACCAAUGGGAUUACAUCCCUUCAAACAACGAUGGACCUGCUGGUAGAUCAGGUCAUGUUUCUUGUGUCUUUGAAAACACCUUGUACAUUUUUGGUGGCACUGAUGGCGAUCAUUUAUACAACGAUGUAUGGGCGUUUGAUCUUCAACAACGAUUCUGGAGACAAGUUGCUGCUGUUGGAUACAUCCCCGUUCCUCGUGAAGGCUGUGCCUCUUCCAUGGUAGGCGAUGUCAUGUACGUGUUUGGUGGUCGUGGACCCGAUGGUCAAGAAUUGGGUGAUCUCUGUGCAUUCAAAGUGAGAGGUCAACGAUGGUUCAUGUUCCAAAACAUGGGACCUGCACCUUCACCGCGAUUUGGAUCAACAUUCGCAGCUGUUGGUGACAAAAUUAUUGCGAUGGGUGGUGAAAGCACCAGUGGCAAAUCGGAUGAAAACCCCUAUGCCGUUCACGUGUUAGAUUGCACGAAAAUCCGGUAUCCACCAGAACCCCAGCAACAGCAACAACACCAAGAACCAUCCCUACCAUCACCAGCACCAUCCACUGAGUCUGAUAUGGCAAGAUCUUUACCAUCAUCACGUGGAGAUCACUCAACAAUGGAUUCAUCCAAUGCUAUGAUGACACCCCGCUCAAACAAUGCAUCACCAGCCAACAAUCGCCCACGUUCUCAAUAUCCAGAAGGGCAAGCACCUCCACAAGCUCCUCCUCCACAAAGACCACCUCGACAUACGUCAAUGAUGCCUUCAGCAGCUAUGCAGCGAGCACAACACACAGCAUCGCCUUUACAGAAUAUGGAAACGAAUACCAAUAAUACAGAUCCCAUACCACGUCAAGCAACCAUGUCACCGACUAAUGGCCAUACCAAUCAAUCAAGGUCUGCAAGUCCAGCAGCACAUCAACAGCAACAUGUACCACCACCACCACAGCGUCCUCCACGACCCUCACGUGAAGGUGUAUCACUUACCAAGACACUACGCAAAGACACUGUAUCCAUGUAUCCCGAUGCUUCAACAGGUGUGAUGGAUAUGGCAGUACCUACCACUACCGAUCAAGAUGAAAUGGAUGUGUUGAUGCGUGACAUACGUGCACAAGAUGCUGUGAUCAGUGCUAUGAAAAAGAAAGAGUCAUGGUGGCGUACAGAAGUUUCGAUUGCUCGAAGGAUGCGACUUGCCGAAGCUGAACCUAACGACGCUGAAGCUGAUGAACAAAUGCUGAUGGAUAUGAAUGAUCAGUUAACGGAUGCUGCAAAGUUGCAAUUGUAUGAACAACUCGUAUCAUUGAAAGCUGAGCUUCGAAGAGUGCAAUCUAACAUUGGUGGUCCAUCAUCUCAUCAAGCCAUGUCGGAGCGGAUUCAUCAGGUGGAUCGUAUUCGCACAGCAGCAUUGCAGGAAGCUGCCUAUUGGAAAUCCAAGUAUAUGGCUCGUGCCAAGUAUAUGAAAGAAGAGCAGCAACAACAAGAUGAAGACGAGGAAGAUGUGCUCAAGGUGCUUGAACAUAAACUAGCUUCGACGUUGAUGGAAAAUGAGCAGCAGCAACGAUUAUUACAACACCUUAACAAGCAAGCCCAACAUGAUCACGAGGCAUCAGCAUCUGCUCAAGAACGUGCCAAGGAAGCACAUGAGCGUGCUGAAGAGGCACGACAUGCACAUGAACGUGCGAUACGUGAACUUGAAUUAUUACAACGCCGUGCAGAGCAAGCUGAAUUACGUGUGGAGGAAAACAAUAUCAAGUUGAAUGAUCUUUCACGGCAACUUGAAGAAUCAAAGACGGCUGCCAACAAGAAUCAACACUUGACACUAGCCCAGGAAAAGAUUAUGCAUCUUACAGAAGCCAAUACCAAGGUCCAAAAUGAAGCAUGCACCCUUACACAAGAACUCGAUACCUACACUGAGGAUAUUGAACAUUUGCGAGCAGCCCUCCAAGAACGAGAAGAAGCUUUAACAGCUGCCACUCGCGAAGUUGCUGCCACCAAUGAUAAACUCGCUCGCAUGAAAGAAGCCGUUGCUGCUGAACGCACGACACCCACACCCACAUCAUCAUCAGCUACUACUACCCGAGCAUUCUAG